UGGCAGCAAUGAGCACACAGCCUUGACUACGACUUGCCAAUAGUGUGGGAAGAAAGCCGCGUCGGCCGUUUGUGAUUAUUUAAAACGUGCGAUCGUCUGACAAUCUCAUCGGGGGUUUUCAUUCGUAUGUUUAAAAGUUGAAAUUCCUGCCUUGAAGACGUUUGAGUUUGGACCCGGUAUUCUCGCUUGAAGUGACGGGCUCUCCCUGUGGGUGUCACUCAGGUCUGCUGCUUCCUGUAUCGACGGACCACCGCUGCCAGUCACAGACGAAAGCUUCGCUGCCCUGCUACCCGGCCACAGAGCCCCCACCCCCCACCCUCAGGUUGUAACUUUGCGAAGGGACGCCAGACGACCAGCAGCAGCAGCAGCAGCCACCCCCCGGUGCUACGGUCGGGGGGAAAAAAAACGUGGCGGGCCGCUGAGUCUCUUGGCUUCCUUUUUCCGGUAACACUAGCUAGAGAGCUAAUGGCUAGUAGCAGGUAGAUAACCCCGAUAAGAAGCGUCCCAAAAUAUAGCAAUGCGCUCACUUCUAAUACUUUAAAGACAUUUACAUGACCCGUGCAGUGGAAACGCCUCGGUAUGUCACGUUUUAGAGCAACAGUCGUGUGACACGGCCCCUGAAAGUGUCAUCUUUUCGCUGACUUUCGCCAGCUAAAUCGUUAGCCACCAAGACGUGAACGUGUUGCUCCGCUAGCGAACGAGGAAAAGGGCCAAACCACCACAACCGCUGUGCUUGGUGCAUUUUUUGUGGACACUAUUUGAGGAUUACCACCCGAGUUUUUGUCUUUUUCUGUCCAUCUGAGAUGGCGCCCAAAAGAAGACCGGUUCCGUUGAAUAUAACGCCCAUUGGAGAAGGGCAGCCCACCUCAAACACUACUGAUGCUGCAUCCGAAGCAAACCUCGAGGCCUUACAAAAGAAGCUGGGAGAGCUGGACCUGGAUGAGCAACAGAAGAUGCGACUGGAAGCCUUCCUCACCCAGAAAGCGCAGGUCGGGGAGCUCAAGGAUGAGGACUUUGACCCCAUCUGCGAGCUGGGUGCCGGGAACGGAGGAGUGGUCAACAAAGUCCGGCACAAGCCCUCUGGUCUGGUCAUGGCUCGCAAGUUGAUCCACCUGGAAAUCAAGCCGGCCAUCAGGAACCAAAUCAUCAGAGAGCUUCAAGUCUUGCACAAGUGCAACUCCCCGUACAUCGUGGGCUUCUACGGCGCCUUCUACAGCGACGGCGAGAUCAGCAUCUGCAUGGAGCACAUGGAUGGUGGUUCUUUGGACCAGGUUCUGAAGGAAGCAAGGAGAAUUCCGGAGGAAGUCUUGGGCAAAGUUAGCAUAGCUGUGUUGAGAGGUUUGGCCUACCUGCGGGAGAAGCACCAGAUCAUGCACAGAGACGUGAAACCCUCCAACAUUCUGGUCAACUCUCGCGGGGAGAUCAAGCUGUGCGACUUCGGUGUGAGCGGCCAGCUCAUAGAUUCCAUGGCCAACUCCUUUGUUGGAACACGUUCCUACAUGUCGCCGGAGAGACUGCAGGGCACCCACUACUCUGUUCAGUCGGACGUAUGGAGCAUGGGCCUGUCCCUGGUGGAGCUGGCCAUCGGCCGCUACCCCAUCCCCCCACCGGACGCCAAGGAACUGGAGGCCAUCUUCGGGAGGCCCGUGCUGGACGGAAGUGAGGGAGAGCCUCACAGCAACGUGCAGAGGCCCAGACCACCGGGGAGGCCCGUGAGCGGACACCACGGGAUGGACUGCAGACCCGCGAUGGCCAUCUUUGAGCUUCUGGACUACAUUGUGAAUGAGCCUCCUCCUAAACUCCCACUCGGCGUGUUCACGAAUGACUUCCAAGACUUUGUCACAAAAUGCUUGAUCAAAAAUCCAGCCGAAAGGGCCGAUCUGAAGAUGUUGAUCAGUCACAUAUUCAUCAAGCGAUCGGAAGUGGAGGAAGUGAACUUUGCCGGCUGGUUGUGCAAAACCAUGAACCUCAACCAGCCCAGCACCCCCACCCGCGGCACCGAGUGACGCCCCCCCUCGACCAGCGCCCUCGUCAUGCCGCUGGGUCUUGCUUGCAUCUUCGCAUAAAUUCAGAAACACACACACAGACGAAGGCAUAUUAGCACUUUUCUCAUGUUGGGUUUUUUUUUGGGCUUCAAAACGGUUCCGGCUUCCUCUCGCGUAAUUGUUCACCAGCAGCAGCUGCAGGGCUCUCGAGUCGUCGUACUGUAAGACCACAAGCUUCACGGGGGGGGGGGGGGGGGUAAAAUCUCUGUGAUUGACACACUUGUUUUAUAUUCGCUAUUCUCUAUGAAUCUUUUCUAUGGCGACGGUCGACGGCCGGUGGGGGCAGCAUUUUAAUAACGGCGGAGAGGCGGGAAGAGGGAGAACCUAAACACGGUCGAAUCGAAAUGGGUUGCGUUCAAGGCGAACAGAGUAAUUUUCAUUCACGCAGACCCCUUUUGUCAAACUAAUGACACGGAUUUAUCAUCUUCCAUAUUGCAAUUACAUUAGGGAGUGGGCGCAGAAGAGAUGGGCACAUUCAGUCAUUUGGAGUUUUUCUUUUUUUUUUUUUUUUUCUUCCCUUUUCCCUUGUUUGGGAUUAUAUUUUUUGGGGGGUUAAACAAUCGAUCACAAACCAAAGAGGAUACUCGAAUUUACCAAUGCCUGAUCAGUCCCCCACCAUCCCUCCCCCCAUGUUGGAACAUUUAUGAAGAACAGUAUAUGAGUGCACUUUGGAACAAAAAAUUCAGUGCUUUUUUUUUUUUUUUUGGGACAUUGUUUCCUCAUACAUUUCAGUCACAUUCUCCUGUAACGGGAGAAGGCCAGGAAUCUACCGCCGCGUCUUUUAAUGACUUUCAGAAAACAACCAUUCAAAUGUAUUCACGGGGCGCUUAUAGCAUGGUUUAACCUUUCUUAUACUGUGCUGUGUAUUUUGUUUUAACGGCGCGGGUGACGAGCCGCCGAUGUUUUGACGAGAACCCUCUGUGCUAUUGAUAUGAAUCA